AUGGCCACUGCACAAUUGCAGAGAAUCUCCAUGAGUGCGUUGGUAUUUCCCAGUAAGAUGUCAACUGAGCAGCAGUCUUUAAUGUUAGUGAAGAGGCUUCUAGCAGUUUCAAUAUCCUGCAUCACGUAUUUGAGAGGAAUAUUCCCAGAAUGUGCUUAUGGAACAAGAUAUCUAGACGAUCUGUGUGUCAAAAUUCUGAAAGAAGAUAAGAAUUGUCCAGGAUCUACACAGUUAGUGAAGUGGAUGUUAGGAUGCUAUGAUGCUUUACAGAAAAAAUAUCUAAGGAUGGUUGUUCUAGCUGUAUACACUAAUCCAGAAGACCCUCAGACAAUUUCAGAAUGUUACCAGUUUAAAUUCAAGUACACCAGUAAUGGACCAAUCAUGGACUUCAUAAGUAAAAACCAAAUCAGUGAAUCUAGUAUGUCAUCUGCUGACACCAAGAAAGCAAGUAUUCUUCUCAUUCGCAAGAUUUAUAUUCUAAUGCAAAAUCUGGGACCUUUACCUAAUGAUGUUUGUUUGACCAUGAAACUUUUUUACUACGAUGAAGUUACACCCCCAGAUUACCAACCUCCUGGUUUUAAGGAUGGUGAUUGUGAAGGAGUGAUAUUUGAAGGGGAGCCUAUGUACUUAAAUGUGGGAGAAGUCCCAACACCUUUUCACACCUUCAAAGUAAAAGUGACCACUGAGAAAGAACGAAUGGAAAAUAUUGAUUCAGCUAUAUUAUCACCAAAACAAUUAAAAACACCACUUCAAAAAAUUCUCAUGGACAAAGAUGAUUUCGAAGAUGAACAGGAGCAUUACAUAAGUGAUGAUUUUGACAUUGAAACUAAAAGGGAAGAGCAGAAAAAAAACCCUGGAUCUUCUGAACUUGGAGAACCAGGUGUAGUUUGUGAAGAAGAUGAAACUAUGAGGUCUAAAGAAAGUCCAGAUCUUUCAAUUUCUCAUUCUCAGGUUGAGCAGUUAGUCAGUAAAACAUCUGAACUUGAUGUGUCUGAAAGCAAAACAAGAAGUGGAAAAAUCUUUCAGAAUAAAAUGGCUAAUGGAAAUCAACAAGUAAAAUCUUUUAAGGAAAAUCGGAAGAGAAGUCAGCUUGAAUCUGCAAAAACAGUCCUUCAUCACUUUGAUUCUUCUAGUCAAGAGUCAGUGCCAAAAAGAAGAAAGUUUAGUGAACCAAAGAAAAAUACAUAA